AUGGUCUCGGAAGCAACACGCUUCAAAUACAUGGAGAACAUGAUCCUCACAAACUUUGACCAAUUUUACAACCCUGAUCCGAAGGCAUUGAAAUUGGUGGUCCUUGUGAGGGCCUUUUUUUCUCUCGACCAUAUCCUUCCAUCCGACCCUGCUAUUGCUGAGGGAGAGGCGUCGGUCACCGAAGAUAAAGCUUUGUGGACAAGAAUUGAUGCCAUUGUCCUGCAAUGGAUCUAUGGGAUGAUCUCCAAUGACCUUCUCCAUACGAUUAUUGAACCUAACUCUACGACGCAACAAGCUUGGGAACGUUUGCGGGAUAUUUUUCAAGACAACAAGAACUCCCGGGCUGUCCAUCUCGAGCACCAGUUCUCGAACCUUGCCAUGGACGACUUCCCUAAUGCUCGUGCUUACUGCCAGAAGCUCAAGAUGAUCGCUGAUCAGUUGGCGAAUGUGGGUGCUCCUGUAUCGAAUCAUGGUCUUGUCCUUCGCCUUAUUGCAGGCCUUCCAACCUUAUACCGUAGCCUGGUCACGCAAAUUCACAAUAAGGAUCCUUUUCCAUUGUUCUCCACUGCGUGCUCCAUGCUUAGGUUAGAGGAUUCCACCCUAUCGGACAUCGCCGCCCUCGAGGCCCAGGCGGCUAUGGUCGUGAUUGAUGAACCUGUAGGUGAGCCGAAUCACAACCAACCGAAUGGAAAUGAUGGGCGCAAUAAUCAAAACAACAAUAGAGGACGACGUAGCGGUGGCCGUGGCCACGAGGGCACCGGAGGCCGAGGUAGGGGCGGCGGCGGUCGAGGCUCUGGCCAGAAUCAACCUCACAAUGCGGGUUGGUUUCCGGCCACCGCAACAACAGUGACAGCCCCAUCACUCUUAUGGUCCAUGGAUGUAGCCUUGGGCCACUCCCCCUUGCCCUUAUCCAUCUUCUAG